AUGGCCUUCGAUUAUGGCGUGGCUGUUGGCUUGGAGGCGAGGGGCGUGUGGCGCGAGUGGCUGGGGGAGGCGGACCACGCGGUGCUUGCGCCGUGGCUGCGCGACCCAGCCACGUGGGCGGAGUUCGCCGCUGGCACUGGCGCGGAUCUCUCCCCCGCUAUGCUCCGCGUGCAGCUGCGCGCGCGCUCGCUGCUGCUGGGGCGCGCCGUGGGGGAGGCGUGCGGAAAGGCGCAGGGGGAGGCUUGGGGGGAAAUUACAGGGGGCGGAUUGGCGCAGAGGAUAGGGGGAAGGGGCGCGGAGGGGAAUCCGCUGAUAGACGACGAUGACGUGUACGCUUCAGUCGAUGAUGACGUGUACCCGUGCCUGGACGAUGACGUGGACGAGUGGCAUGCCAUGCUGUCAGCCGCGCAGCCGUCCGCCCACUGCAUGGCGGUGCUGCGCGCCAUCCGGCAGCAGGAGGGCCCCCUCAGCGCCGCCAUCAUCCGCAGGGUGGGUUUGGGCGCACCUCACAGCGCAUCCCAAGACGAUAACCCGCCCCCCCCCUCUUCCCCCGCCUUCCCCUCACUCGUGGGAGAGGGGGAAGCAGAGGGGAACGGGGGAGGGGAUGCCCUGUGCGUGCUCACCGACACCCUCGCCCACCGCCUCGCCCGCAUGGGGCGCUCCCUCAGAGCAUGCCUGGACCGCUGCGACCUGCUGCACCUCGCUGCCGUGGGCGUGGAGGGUGUGGGGGAAGGAGUGGGAGGCGUGGGGGGAGUGGGGAGUGUGGGGGACGGGGUUUUGAUGGACGGGGAGGGGGAUGGCGUGGGUGGGGAGGGGGGAGAGGAGGGGGAGGAGCGGCGGCAGCAGGUGAUGCAGAUGGCAGCAGUAGAGAUGAUGCUGUCUGGGGCUGAUUCCCUUAUCGGGUAUGUUCUUACGGGGUAUGCUCUUACGGGGUAUGCUCUUACGGGGUAUGCUCUUACGGGGUAUGAUCUUAUGGGGUAUGCUCUUACGGGCACGCCAGCAUCGCUGGCCUCGUUCCUGCGCUGCCCCUCACAGCCCGUGCGCCCGCCACUCCCACCAGCCGCCGUGGCUGCCUUUGCUGCGUCCCUCGGCCUGCCCCACUCCCCGCCCCCCACCGCUGCACCCACCCUCAUGGGUGGCCUGGGUGGGAUGGGUGCUGCAGGUGCUGCGAGUGGCGCUGGAACGAUGGGAUCAAUGGGACAGAUGGGAGGGACGGGAGGGAUGGGAGGGAUGGGCAGUGCAGGGGGUACGGUUAGUGGAGGGAUGGAUGGUUUGGGGGGGACAGGUGCGAUGGGGGGGAUCGGGGGGAUGAGUGGGAUGGGGGGGAUAGGGGCGAUGGGAGGUGUAGAGGGGAUGGAGGGGAUGGAGGGGAUGGGGGGGAUGGGGGGGAUGGGGGGAAUGAGUGGGAUGGGUGAGAUGGGGAGUAGUGAGUCGGUGGCGGCAGCACUGGCAGCAGCGGCAGCCGCUGUGGCUGCAGCAGCAGCUGGCGGCCUCACAGGCUCUGGUGGUAUGGGCGCAGGGGGGGCGCUGGGGGCAGGAGGGGGGAUGGGGACUGCUGGGGGGAUGAACAUGGGCACGGGGGGUGUGGGGGAAGGCAUGGGGGCACUUGUCCCCUUGGUGCCUCCACGUUCCAACAGCAACAGCUGCUGCUGCACCAACAGCAGCAGUACCUGCAGCAGCAACAGCAACAGCAACAGCAGCAUCAAUCGCAGCAGCAGCAGCAACAGCAGCAGCAGCAGCAGCAGCAGCAACAGCAACCACAGCAGCAACAGAGUUCCCCCAACGUGUCGUCAUCUUCGCUCAGCGGCACUCCUGCUGACACGGCCGGCAGUGGCCCGUCCGCUUCCCCCUCUCUGCCGCCCAGCAGCAGCAACAGCAGCAGCAGCAACAACAGCAGCGACGGCGCCGGCAGCAGCAGCAACAGAAGCGGCUGCAACAGCAGCAGCAACAGCAGCAGCAGCAACAGCAGCAGCAGCAACAGCAGCAACAACAGCAGCAACAGCAACAGCAACAGCAACAGCAGCAACAACAGCAGCAGCAGCAGCAGCAGCAGCAGCAGCAGCAGCAGCAGCAGCAGCAGCAGCAGCAGCAGCAGCAGCAGCAGCAGCAGCAGCAGCAGCAACAGCUGCAGCAGCAGCAGCAGCAGCAACAGCAGCAGCAACAACAACUGCAGCAGCAGCAGCAGCAGCAGCAGCAGCAGCAACAACAACAGCAGCAGCAGCAGCAACAACAACAGCAGCAGCAGCAGCAACAGCGGCAGCAUCAAGUGCAGCAACAGCAGAACCAGCAAGCCCCACGCCGCUCUCUGCUGCUGAUGCCGGGAGUGUUGGUGCUGCUGGUGGGGGUGCUGCUGGUAUUGGUCCUGGUGCUGCAUCUGCUGUGGCUAGCAGUGUGACAGGAGGGGGGGCAGUAGCAGGGGGAGGGGAGGUGAAAGGUGCUACUGGUGGGGGUACCGGGAAGGGAAAGAAAGGCGAGGGGAAGAAGGGCGGAGGGGGAGGGGGCAAAGGAGGUGGAAAGGGAGGGGGCAAGGGAGGGGGGAAGGGAGCAGGAAGAGGGGCGGGUGGGGCAGCAGGGGCAGGCAGGGGAGGGGGAGCAGCGGCAGGAGGGCGUGGGAAGGGGGGAGGGGGUGGAGGGGCAGGGAAGGGGGCAGGGGCAGGUGGAGCGGGUGCAGCAGGCGGGGCAGGGAGAGCGGAUGGGGCGGGUGGGGCAGGUGGGGCGGGUGGUCAGAUGGGCACUUGA